AUCGCCAUUAUAGCUGGGGUCUGACACCCCAUCAUGAUCAGUACCAUUACCUGCGUCGAUCGUCUCACCCUCUCCUGAUUGGCUGAGCGCAUCUAGUGGAAGGCCCACCUUCAGAUCUUAGUGUAACAUUUCCUUCAACGAUAGUGCAAUCUAUUACGCAAUUGAACCAUAAGGACGAAGAAGGUGCUUUAAAAGAGGGGUCAAGAUGGAUGUUUUUAUGAAGGGGUUUUCUAAAGCUAAAGAAGGUAUGGCAGUGGCUGCAGAGAAAACCAAGGAAGGCGUUGCGGUCGCUGCUGAGAAGACCAAGGAAGGCGUGAUGUUUGUGGGCAACAAGACCAAAGACAGUGUUGCUACAGUGGCGGAGAAGACAAAGGAACAGGCCUCUCAUUUGGGUGGAGCUGUGAUGUCUGGGGCAGGAAAUAUCGCCGCAGCCACCGGCCUGGUGAAGAAGGACGAGUUCCCCACUGACAUGAAUCCUGAGUUUGGUCAGGAGGCCACAGAGGAGCCAAUGGGAGAAGCUCUGAUGGACCCAGAGGGACAAACAUACGACGAAACCCAGCAGGAGAACCAGGAUUAUGAAUAGUAGGCAUAAACAUUCCAAGCCCAAGUUCAGCCAGCAGCACAAAAAGUGUCUAUCAAUAACAAGUACAAACCCUAAACUCAUCACAAUAACCCCUGUUGCAAAAAAGUACAAAAACACAGAUAUAUAUUCCAGUUAAUCCUGCCGAAAAAAUUUGUUCCUAUCAGAUAUAUACUUUUAUUAUGAUAUAUUGUAAAUGUCAUGUUCUGACAGUAAUGUUUUGGAUGUAUCUCUAUGCUGACUGCCUGGGGGGAGGGGGGGUGCUCUGUCUCGUUUCCUUGUCUCCCUCCCAAUGAAACGAGACCUGUUCCCCAUCGUGACUGUUUGUACUUGUGUAACUGCAUUUCUAUAUGUGUAAUAGAUGUUUCGGAUCUUCCAAUAGCAUAUUGGGGAUUAAAAUAUCUUUGGGUAAAUAUGGUAUUAUAUAUUGCUGUGUGCAAUGCCUGUUUGUGGGAUUUUAUUUUUCUUCUUUUUUAUUUAAUAUUGAAGUUAUUUAUUUAAAGUUUUUGAAGUUCAGGUUUUAUACGUUGUAACUUUAUUGUUGCUUGUGAUAUCAUUCCAGUGGAUUGUUUCUUAGAAUUGGGCAAUUUGUAUCUAUUUGUGUGUAUGUAUGCGUUUGUGUACUGGAGAAGUUAGCGUAAAUGUGUCUUGAAAUGUUUAUGGAUGUCAGGUCAAUAUGUGCUUUACAAUGCUGGAAAUGUCAAUAUUAAGGUUUCUGAGUCAUUCAAGACAAGUGAAUCCUCUGUAAAUAAAUAAAUAAAUAAAACACA